AGCGCCGCGGCGCCCCGCCUGGGCGGGGCCGCCCUGGGGCGCUCCCCGGCGGGCGCUCCCCUGGAGGCGCGCCAGCCGGCGCUGCGAUGGGGCGCGCCGCCCGGCGUCCGGGUGCCCGGGCGCCGGGCGCCAGGGGGCGCCGCUUGCUGCUGGCGGCGCUGGCGGCGCCGGGCGCGGGCGACGAGUUUCACGUGGUCUACGAGGACGACCUCAUGCGGCUGCCGCCCGGCGCCACCGGCUCCGACCUGUUUGGGAGCGCCCAUUUCCGCCUGCACGUGCGCAGGCAGAUGGCCGGGGCCCUGGCGCUGGUGGAGGGGAUGCCGUCGCCCUGGUACGCGGUGGCGGACGACCUGAACGUCACCAGCUGCGAGGUGAUGGAGGACACGAACGCAGCGGCCACGCGGGUGGACAACGGCGUGGUGGGCGGCAGGAGAAGAGGGUGCAGCUCAACGCGACGCUCACCGUCCUCGAGGAUUCCGUCGUCGCCCGGCUGCAGGGCGGCCUCCUGUUGCCGCUCGCCGGCGCGGCGCCGUGGCGCCGCCUCGUCGUCACCGCGGCGGACCCGUGGACGUCGACCGUGACCGAGACGUCGACCGUGACGUCCGUCUCGACCACAUGGGUGUCGACGACGACGACGUACUUGCCUUACUGGCUGCGGUGAGGGUGGCUGCGCCAACGGCGCUUCGCCGUCGGGGCCUCUGUAGUUCCUCCUUCCGCUGCUCGUUCUUCAUCCCCUCCCUCCUCAUCCCCAUCCGUCUCUUUCCUCCCGAGUUCCCGCUUCCCCUUCCCGAUCUGAUGUGUCACCGCCUCUUCAUCGAGGUGCGCGUUGUUGGCGACAACGCACUGUCGUCGGCCGCUCCGUCUGUGGUGGCCUGGCGCCUAGUCCGAGCUAGGCCGCGGGCGCACUGCGAGCUGAAGUCUGCUGAGAAAAGUCCUCCGGUGC